AACAAAGCCACUGUUCUUAUUGCUUUCAAGUUUUUAGAGAAGUCAAUAGAAUUAAAAUACAUUUUCAUUUCAAAUUUGAAUCUUAAAAGAGGUUUGCAUUUAGAAAAAUUACAUUUAAUGUGAUGUUUGUGAUAAGUGAUAGGAAAAUUACAUUUCUAUAUGUAAUUUCUGUAUGUAACAAAUUUAACCAAAAUGUCACUGUGUUAGAGCAAUUCCAAAAUAAAUGUAAAGUAGUUUCAAAUUUCUCUAAACAAAAAGAACAGUUAGUAUUAACAUCAUUCUCAAUUCUUUUGAGAGAGCACGUAUCUGGGUAAAACCUAUUAAUUGAAGUAUUAGUGAGGUAAUGUCCAAAAUUCCUUCCCAGGGAAUGUCGCUUACAAAACCAUUCCAGUAAGAAAUUACAUAUGGCACAGAAUCGGACACCUCCUGAAACAAGACUCUAAUUUUCUUAUGUUUUUUUUUUAAAAACAACAACAACAACAACAAAAAAACUCUUUUUAGACAUGCUUUCUUUUUAUUGAGGCCUAUUAGAAAAAAACUGCAAUGUCGCCUUCUACCCGCUUGGUGGGGCUACGAUACUGUUUUUGAAAAGGGAAUGGCUUCAGAUUGUAUCUUUUAAAGACGCUAGUGUUUAUUAUUUAACUGCUUUUUAAAUGUAGCCUACUCGAAACGUCUCAAAGAAGAUCUCUGUGCCCACGGUAUCGAAUGUUGGAUAAUUAUGAUUAUAAUUAAAGAUGCCAUUCUUAUUAACAAAACAAAAGAAAGCGGUUCAGACUUUGUAAAGCAAGGUUAGACAUUUUAAACAAAAGCCUGCAAGAAUAAAGUCCAUGUUCGUCCGAGGAGGGACUUGUCAUCCAGAUUGUCUUCUGGACCACAACGUCAAAAUCACAUGACUGGUCGACACGUCACGCGACUAGACAAAAAAAGUUACAGUCCACCUGUGCAGUAACGAUGAAUUCACACUGUGUGGGUGAAAGUGAUGGACUGACCUUCUGUCUGGCAAGACCAGAGGAUUACGAUGACGUGAUGGCCAUAUCACAAGACAUAUACGGUGGCAAUGACUACCUUCCACAUCGCUAUCACUCCUGGAUGACUGAGCCAGGAAGAGUGGUUAUUAUAGCACGGAGAGAUGGGAAGCUGUUGGCGCUGGAGUCAGGCCUGGUGGUUGAUGGAGGUGAAACUGUGAUAGUUGAGGGAUUAAGAGUGUGUCCGAAUGAAAGGGGCCGUGGUCUGGCUGGAGUGAUACAGACAUUUGUUGAUGGCUACAUAAAGAAGGUCUACCCCAAUGUGAAGACCAAGCGCCUCACCAGAACAGACCCAGGGCCUGAAAAACUACGCAAGUUCACACUGCUGGCCAGACGGGCUGUUCUGUCUCUGUUGGGGAAUUCUGAGGGUCUUAAUAGCUUUGUCUCAGGUCUGAAGGAAAAACUGCUAGCGUCAGAUGGGUCCAAUAGCAGCCGUCCUUUAGUGUCUGUAAAGGACUUGGAUGCUCUUAAGGCCCUUCUUUUGGAUUCAGACCUGUCUUCCAGACUUCAGCUUCCAGGGGGUGCUAUAAUCCAGGACUGGGAGCCCUUGAAACUCAUGGAGAGUAACCUUCACAUCUUGUCAAAGCGAAACCUGACAUGGUUUGUAGAUGGUUCUUGUGGGAAACCCCUGUUCAUGAGCCUCCACACACCUCCCUAUCCUAUUCCAUUUAAUGGAGGGUCUCUACGUUUUAAUAUCGACCUGUAUGGGACAGACACUUCUUUAGCAAAGAAGGCAUUAACAGCUCACCUGGACAGUGCGAAAAGUGAGAUUCAAGGAAUAGUUGUGGUUCAUAUAUAUAUGCAUCAGGCUAUAUGGGAAGAUUUAAAGCAGUUUUGUGUGGGCCAUGACACGGUGAAGCAGUUUCAAGAUUACUGGGAGCAGCUGUUAUUGGAAAGAGAGUUAUAAUGAUACCUAAAGAGGAUAGAGAAAAGAAAAGGCUAAAGAAAGGCUUGUUUAAUUUUUUGGUGAUUGAUGUUGUCUUGACCAUAAUGGACAACAUGGAAUCAGCUUUGUUUAAACAAAGUGUUUGUUUAACAUGUUAAAUCAGUUAGUCAAGCUAUUGUAGCACUUUUGUAAUUUGUGUCUGAGUGAAACAAGGCAAACCAUCUGUGAACUCAUUACUAUAAAAUGUGCUGGUGUCAGAAACAUGAGGCAUGUAUUUGUUCCUUCAUGUCUCAUGAGUACAGAAUGAUUUAUGAAAUAAGUGUUUAAAAGAAAAGUACUUCAUACUUCACACGCAUGUGCUUAAAAAAAAAAAAAUCAAUACUGUAUAUAACAACUUCAAAAUUAAUCAUUAAACUUUUUCAAAAUAAAUACAACAAAA